GGUCAGUUGGUGGUGAUGUCUGGUGAGGUAGUGUGGUUAUGUUUGGUGAUAUGUCAGGUAAGGUAAUGUCUGGUGAGGUGAUGUCUGGUGAGGUGAUAUCUGGUGAGGUGAUGUCUGGUGAGGUGAGGUCUGGUGAGGUGAGGUCUAGUGAGGUGAUAUCUGGUGAGGUGAUGUCUGGUGAGGUGAUGUCUGAUGAGGUAAUGUCUGGUGAGGUGAUGUCUGGUGAGGUGAGGUCUGGUGAGGUGAUGUCUGAUGAGGUGAUGUCUGGUGAGGUAAUGUCUGGUGAGGUGAUGUCUGGUGAGGUGAUAUCUGGUGAGGUGAUGUCUGGUGAGGUGAGGUCUGGUGAGGUAAUGUCUGAUGAGGAAAUGUCUGGUGAGGUGAUGUCUGGUGAGGUGAUGUCUGAUGAGGAAAUGUCUGGUGAGGUGAUGUCUGGUGAGGUGAUGUCUGGUGAGGUGAUGUCUGGUGAGGUAAUGUCUGGUGAGGUGAUGUCUGGUGAGGUGAUAUCUGGUGAGGUGAUGUCUGGUGAGGUGAGGUCUGGUGAGGUGAUGUCUGGUGAGGUGAUAUCUGGUGAGGUGAUGACUGGUGAGGUGAUGUCUGGUGAGGUGACGUCUGGUGAGGUGAGGUCUGGUGAGGUAAUGUCUGGUGAGGUGAUAUCUGGUGGGGUGAUGACUGGUGAGGUGAUGUCUGGUGAGGUGACGUCUGGUGAGGUGAGGUCUGGUGAGGUGAGGUCUGGUGAGGUGACGUCUGAUGAGGUAAUGUCUGGUGAGGUGACGUCUGAUGAGGUGAUGUCUGGUGAGGUGAUGUCUGAUGAGGUGAUGUCUGGUGAGGUGAUGUCUGGUGAGGUGAUGUCUGGUGAGGUGAUGUCUGGUGAGGUGAGGUCUGGUGAGGUGAUGUCUGAUGAGGUGAUGUCUGGUGAGGGACGGGGCAGGCGCGAGGUCGGCGUGAUGACGACACGGGGAGGGAGGGAGGCUGACGGCGGGCGGGGGUCGAUGCAGGCGGGGGCGAUGAUUGGCGGCUGGCGGAGACGCGAUGACGACAAAGGGGAGAACGCGAUGACGACGACGGCGAGGAGGGGGAGGGGGGACUGA